AUGCCUAAACCAUCGAGAUCUAAGAAUGAUUCCAAGGUCCGAGAGGACGAUAGUGACUCCUUUGGAUUGUUAGACAUCCUAAGAGUGGCUGGAGGGCUUCUCCUUAUCAAUGCAGUUCUUUCGUAUUGGUUUACAUCUACAUCGACUUGGGGUUACGAUGGACGAUGGUUGGAUCCAAGAUAUGUUCAUUUCAGAACAUUGGGCCAUCCAGUUACUCUCUCAGAAGGAGAGCUUUCUCUUUAUAAUGGCUCAGACCCGUCUUUGCCCAUAUAUAUCGCUAUAGAUGGACAUGUGUACGAUGUCACUAAAUCUCGUAGCACAUAUGGCCCUGGUGGUCUGUAUUCAUUUUUCAGUGGGAAAGAUGGUGCUAGAGCAUUUGUUACUGGAUGUUUUAACAAGCCAGAUGAAUUCACCCAUGAUUUACGUGGCUUAGAUGAACAAGAAGCUCGUCAAGAUGUGCAAGAAUGGCAGGACUUCUAUCAAAAUCAUAAACGAUAUUGGUAUGUUGGACAAGUUCUUCAUGAAGAAUUAACAGGAGAGAUCCCGGAAAGUUGUGAACAUAUGAAGUUCCCAGGUCACCAUUAA